AUUGAGACGUGAGAAUUGAUAUGUCACCCGCCUUGACUACAGUCCAAAUCUUAUAUGUUUCGCCUUUAUAUUCUUCUUUGGAGAGCUCUGGUGCCCAUGUGAAUGAGAUCCAUUAGUAUAAAAUUUGCUUUAAACGUGGGUUUCUUCAUUAAAUCGAUCAUAUAAAACUAGUUUACCAAACUUAACUACUCCCACGUGUAUUGUCCCGGCGGGAUCGUAGCCAUUGAUCUAUAAAAACAACAGAAAAGGAAAAAAGCCGCCAAGAUUAAUGCAAAGCAGAUUGGUCAAGAAAGAACAUGAAGGAUUUGCCCCAUGAUUGCGUAGUACACAUCCUCUCUCGUGGGUCCCCUCGGGAUGCUUGUCGGUUUGCAGUUGUCUCUUCGGUGAUUAGGGACGCUGCAGAAUCGGAUGUUUUGUGGGAUGAAUUUUUGCCAUCUGAUUACCAAGAAAUCAUAUCGAGAUGUGUGUGUCCUGUGAAGUAUAAAUCCAAGAGGGAUCUAUUCUUCAGGCUUUCAAGUCCCCUUUUGAUUGAUGGUGGCAUGAAGACAUUCUCGAUAGACAAAGCGACAGGUAAAAGAUGUUACAUGUUAAGCGCAAGAGAUCUCAACAUCGCUUGGUCAGACAAUCCACUCUUUUGGUGUUGGAAACCCAUUCUACAAUCAAGAUUUGCUGAAGCCGUGGAGCUUAGAAUGACAAGUUGGCUUGAAAUUGAAGGAAAAAUAAACACCAAACUUUUAUCACCAAAUACCCAAUAUCGAGCCUACGUCAUUGUCAAUAUGGCAUCUCAUCGUGCAUAUGGUUUAGACAUUUUACCAUCCGAGGUUUCAUUGGAAGUGGGCAAAUUCCAUUCGCAAGGGACAAUAAUCUUGUCUCCCAAACAAGGAUCAAGCUCAAAAUUUGGAGAAAAUAUUUCUAGGGUUUAUCAUGAACGAAAUGACGGAUGGUUGGAGAUAGAAUUGGGAGAAUUUUACAACUAUGGAAUACAUGAAAAAGAUGUUAUAAUGAGGUUGAAAGAGAUUGAAGGUGUCCAUUUAAAAGGAGGGCUUCUUGUUGAGGGAAUGGAAAUUAGACCUAUCUAGUAUUAUUAUCAAAAUUGGAAGUGUUUUGUACCGAAGUUGUAAAUGUGACAUAUAACAUGAAACUUGUAAAAACAUUCAAACGA